UAAUAUACGUAAAGAUAUUUCCAUGCGCGAUUUAGUCAUCAUACGCAUUAAAAUAUAAUUCUAACGAUGUUAUAAGUCGUUAAAUAUGAUGUUAAAAAGUCAUUAAAAAUUCAUUUGUAGCAGUUAUCAGAUAUCUUCAGGUUGCGGUUGCUAUUAACCAUUUUCUGGAAUGCAUUCCCGGGUCUAUUGCGUAACACCAAUUCCAGGGCCGACCGAAUAUUUCCGAAUGGAAAAAUGUCCGACCCUCUGUCAGGUUAUCAGCAUUAAUCACCUCCGUCAUUGGGCUGGAGCUUAUCCAGCCGUUUUCGAUUGAUAAAUCGAUAUCUUAACGGCAAGGUGCGAUUAUCAUCCCGUUCCUUGCUUGUCUCCCAGUACCUGCGGCCGUUGACGCAUCCCUAACCCCAUUGUGCAUUCUGGGAUGCCUGGCGCGGCGGAAGAGGGGGAGCUCCGAAUUCGGGGGAGAUUCGACCAGUUCGCGCUAUCGAGGAUCGUGGAUUGAUCGUCAUUGAGCAUCCCCUGAUCGCCUUAUAUGUGUGGCAAUCGUUUCGCGAGAAGCAGAUGACGGAUCAAUAUUUCACCCCCCACGCGGGUCUGAACGGCAUCGCCGCUGUCGCUGCCGCCGCUGCCGAGCGACCGCCGAAGUUCCUCCACGGCGAGUGAUUCCGAGUCGUCUCGCGAGCGAGCGGCGAGAGUGUAACACCGCUCCUCUGUGCUGGUGGUGGUUGUGGCUGCUGGACGCUGCCGAGGUCCUCCUCCUACAAGUGUCUUACCGAGCUCGUUCCUACCCUCCGAUGAGCCGGCCGCGUUACCAGCGACGUGCGAGUAACGUGCCGAAGAACGGGGCGCACGUGGGCCAACACGAAAAAUGAUUCGGAGCGUGGUAAUUGAGAGUCUCUUUGGCGUCCCGACGUGGAAACUCAGCGACUCCGGCGAGACGGCUCGCCUAACGAGAGCGAAUUCAAUCCGGGCCGUAUUGCCGCCGCCUUGGCGACGCAACUCGGUCGGGUGCUCCGCGCGGAACGUGCGCGAUUCGAAGAUGCGGGGAAUACAGCGACCGGCGUGUUUCCACACGAGGAAAACGCUGCUAGAGGAGCUCGACUACUCGAAGAUCGUGCAUCGUAAUUUCCAUCCGAGGAACAGCACGACGAGCGUAACGAGGAUCACCCAGUGACUUCUUCGGUUUAUUUUUUUUUUUAUUUUCGGGGGGAGGGAGUACAUAUUGUAUAACGAUAGUUUCUUCGCGUCGACACGAGUGCGACGAGAUCACGAUGUUAGAUGAAUCAGGUGCUGCGCCAAAACACUACCUCUGCUACAUGUACAAAACUACAGAAUUGACCGUAUUAGGGCUACAAUGAAGAUAUAGAAGCAUAUUAUAUUAUGAAAGAAUAUAUAUAUAUAUAUAUACAUUCAAUUCUCACACAAGUGUAUAUAGAAAGGAUAUAUUCUGAUGAAUAAGCGUUUACACUAUGUAUUGAUAUAAUACGUUCUAUAUCAGAAGGCUCUUCCUUGAUACAAAUUCCUCUUGAUAUCGAUAUCGUAUUGGUUUACGGAGGAAGAGAAGAUACGAUAUCGUAUUGGUUUACGGAGGAAGAGAAGACGGUGGUGGUGGUAGAGGAUCAUCAGUUAAUCAUGCCUACCAGUUUUCUGGCGGAUGACUAGAGGGUACGACUAGAGGGAGAAACGUGAUAGACACGUUUAGGGGGUUCAUGCGAAAUACACACAUACACACACACAUAGGACACAAACAAACACGCCAUACGCACCCCGAAAGCUCAAGCAGAAUAGUUUUAAGUUAGGUGAAGAUGAGUAUACCGUACGAUGAGAGCUUAGUAUGGAUAGUAGUGGUCGGCUUCAUAGUCGCAUUCGUUCUGGCUUUCGGCAUCGGAGCUAACGAUGUCGCGAACAGCUUCGGAACGAGCGUCGGCGCCGGGGUGCUCACGAUAUUCCAAGCCUGCAUCUUGGCGACCUUCUUUGAGAUCGCCGGCGCCGUUUUAAUCGGAUAUAAGGUCUCCGACACUAUGCGCAAGGGUAUACUGGACGUCUCGUUAUACGAGGGUCACGAGAAGGAGUUGAUGAUGGGAGCGUUGUCCAGUCUAAUCGGGUCUGCUAUCUGGCUACUGCUGGCAACUGCGUUACGACUUCCAAUUUCCGGUACGCAUUCCAUUGUUGGUGCUACAGUUGGAUUUUCGCUCGUGUGCCGAGGUACCGACGGGGUAAAGUGGAUAGCUCUCGCCCACAUAGCGGCGUCAUGGUUCGCCAGUCCCGUACUCAGCGGGAUCGUGUCCUUCCUCAUUUUUUGGCUGCUGAAGAAAUCCGUGCUUCAAUCCAGCAAGCCGUUCGAACAGGCUCUCAAUAUUCUCCCCGUAGCGUACGGUGUCACCAUAGCUGUCAAUGUUAUGUCAAUUGUGCUUGAUGGACCUAAACUAUUAAUGCUAGAUCAGUUGCCGUGGUGGGGCAGCGUGAUAAUUGCGCUACUUCUGGGCUCAAUCGCCGCGGUGAUCGUGUACAUGUUCGUGGUACCGUGGCAGAAGACGAGGAUAUUGCUUACGGCGAACGCUAACCAGGAGAAAACGGCCACGCAGUUUGGCGCUUGCGACAAGAAGGAGACGACGGUAUUGUCAGUGAUCUCGGAGUCUCCGUGCGGCGACAGCGGCGGCGGGGGCGGCGGGGGCGGCGGUGGCGGUGGUGGCGGUGAUAGCAGCAACAGCAACGGUAACGCGAAAGAUACGACGCCAAAGUUGCGCGGCAACAGCAGCGAGAGCCCGUUGCUGAUGAUCAGCCAGGUGGAGGCGGAGAACGCGCAGGCGGACGGUAUCGCGACUGACGAGGAGCAGCCGGAGGUGUCCAAGCUGUUCACCUUCCUGCAGGUGCUCACUGCGGCUUUCGGCAGUUUUGCCCAUGGCGGUAACGACGUCAGCAACGCGAUCGGCCCAUUGAUCGCGCUCUGGGCUGUCUACGCGGAGGGCUCGGCCAGACAGGAGGCUGAAACUCCUAUACUCUUACUGCUGUACGGCGGCCUAGGUAUCUCCGCGGGUCUGUGGGUGUGGGGACGCAGGGUAAUACGAACCUUGGGCCAGGAUCUGGCUCGCAUCACUCCUACGACCGGAUUUACUAUAGAGGUGGGAGCAGCAGUGACUGUCUUGUUAGCAAGUAAGGCUGGUUUACCUGUAUCAACGACGCAUUGCAAAGUGGGCUCGGUGGUAUGCGUGGGUUGGGCGUCCCGCGGCGGAGAAGGGGUAUCGUGGAAAUUAUUCCGCAAUAUCGCGUUCGCGUGGAUAAUCACCGUGCCGAUGGCCGGCUGCCUGUCCGCUGCUUGCAUGGCCAUCUUCAGGAAGGUCAUGACUUUGUGAUCUCGCAGUGGUCGUGGCUAACUGAGCCGACGUGUAGCAGCCAAUCAUCCGAGUACUACUGUUGUCAAUAAGUUCUGAACAAAUAAAUGGUCGAACAGAA